AAGAAACUCAACAUUAAUAUACUAAAAUUCUAUACUCUUAGUAUAUACACUUCUACUAUUUGUCAAUUUAGUAUGACUGACUCUUACAGUACUCAAAUUGUAAGUAUAUAUACUUUAACUUGCUCUUUAUACUUAUCUCAAUUGUGUAUCUUUCAGAGUAAGUCUCAGUAUAAAAGACUCAAGCAAAUGUAUACUAGAACAAAUAAACAAGGUACUGUAAAGAGAGUAUUACAACCAGAAGGUAGGAUUUGUAAGAUUCAUAAUAUUGUGAGAGUAAAGAAAGGAAUACAAUAA